UUGAGUUGAGAUAGGCAGGAUGUAGUUUUGACCUGUUGUCAUCACAGUCUGAGUGCUGUUAGAAAAAAUGUCGGAAAAACUACAAGUCCCAUAUCGAGGCUGAUAAAGAUGUUUCGGAAGUAAUCUUCAAAUGGAUCAAAGUUAUGUCACCGUGAUAUUACUCCAACAACAACAACGUACAAGUUGUUCAUUUUCACCGACAAAGUAUGUAAACAUGAUAACUUAUCAUGUAGUUAUAAUGUUGUUUUCUCAGUUCAGCAGUUAUUUAACGGUUUCUUAGCUAAUGUUAGCAAAGUUGUGUUAGCUUCAGUGUGUGUGAGCUCAGCUGGCUGGAGCUGGUCUGACAGCCAUGAGGAAUUUGAGAGCUAACUUGGCUCUACUUGCUGCUCCAUUUUAGAGAACAGGUUGAACUUUAUACACACUUCAGCUAAUCCAACUUCUUUAGAGUUUUUGAUUUGUUUUAGAAACGAGGAACCUACCUGGGUGAGGAAACGUUAGCAUUCCCUUGCUAGCUCGACAGCUGUUCUUAAGUGUUGGAGGAGGUGGAGGUAAACAUGAAGUUGGUAGAGGAGUAAAGUGAACGCCUGUCUGCCUGUCUGUCUGCCUGCCUGUCUGUCUAUCUGCCUGCCUGUCUGUCUGUAUGGACGCUGGCUUCAGCAGCUAUGUGGCAGGGGAGGAGGGGAGGUGGAGGAGGAGGUGGUGCGGUACAACAGCAUGAUUGUUCCCUUCUACUUCAGCUUCUCCUUCAGUCCUGGAGUUGGUUUGAGAGCCAGCACUGUGCACAUAUUUAACAGUGAUCUCGAUCAGCAGUAGCAGAAUGGCUGCAGACCAGUCAUAGGAAGAAGGAUAGAGGAGGAGUUUGGAAAGUAAAUAUCCUCAGCUUACCUCAUGCUCACAAAGGUGCGGUCCCUCCUGGGUGUGAGUAGAAUGCCUUCAGUCACAAUACCAAUGUAGUAUGAUAUUAAAACUCCUACAUGUCCGGGUGGGGAGAAUGUCUCUUAAAUUAGAUCAGUCUUUUUUUGUGCUUGAAGCUCAGAUGGAGAUGAAGCAUCACAUCAGGUUUAGGCAGAAAAGCAAGUGCUACUGGAAUUUAUCCAUGUGACGUGCUCAUACAAGUCACUUGCACUAAACCCAGCACUGCAAGGUGGUAUUAGCCACUUAAGAGUAAGUAAGAAUGGCCACAAGUGUGAAUACACAGCUGUUGCCUGAGCUUUCAUCUGUAACUUAAAGAUUAAGCCGUCUCUGGAGAUGACUGUAGAAGUACAGCAGCACUGAGUGUCCACAUAGCAGGAGAUUACGGCUUUAAUGUGCUUUUAUGCAUCCGAUUUGAGGAUAAAUGCUGUUACUGUCAGUGCUUUAAGACGCAUAAGUGGGAAUUAUUGUGUUUCUUUCAUUUUGCUUUAAUCAUUAAAGGACCAAACUAAGCACGUCGGUCUGACUUCCAGUACUUACCCUCAGCCGACUAAAGAGGUUGAUGUUUGAAUUCAAACACUUCAAUCAAAUUUUAAAAACGCCACGACCAGUUCAUAAAACAGUCUGAUGCUGUUGUGUUAAAAUGUACUGGUGUACUUUGGAGUGUCCUGAAAAGUAGUGACCUUUUUUGGGGACUAAUUUCAGUCUAGGGAGUUUAAAUAUUUGUUCUCCUCCCUUGAUUAUACUGCGGAGUCAUCUUGAUAUCAAAAAUUGUUUGUUUUUUGCUAAGAGAGAUCUGGCAAGGUUUCAGCUGUGCAAAUUCAGAACACAAUAACAUCCUGCUCACUGUAGUCUGUCUUAUUCUUCUCUCUCUGCUUCCAGGUCCCCUCCUCUUCAUCGAUCUCCACCCUCGGGUGAAGACAGAAGUCCAGGUUUGGAUGCAGGUUUUGUGUUGGCUGUUGUGCCUUGGCACGGCGGGGGCAUUAGCCGUGCUGCACAAAAACCAGGUGGCCCAGCAAGCCAUCAAGCUUUAUCGAGGCAAAGGGGUCCAACAGGGCCACAGCUGGCUGGCAGGAAACUGUAAGCAGCUGGUCGGUCUCCUGCGUCAGAAGAAUGUGGUGGUCAAGAAGCUGGCAGCUGCUGCUGUCGCCGUGGGAAAAGACCAGAGCCUUUCAGAACCGGAGAGACUCUUCCAGGUUCACACUCUGGAGGUCUUUCAGAAGGAGCUGAAUGAGAGUGAGCAUCUGGUGUUUCAGGCGGUGCAGAGCCUGCAGAGGGCACUGCAGGGAGACUACAGGGACGUGGUCAACAUGAAAGAGAGCAGCAGACAGCGGCUGGAGGCUCUCAGGGAGGCAGCCAUAAAGGAGGAGCAAGAGUAUGUAGAGCUGGUGGCUGCAGAGAAGCAUCAGCAGGAAGCUUUGAAGAGCGCUCUAGCCCAGAAUAAGACUCUGUCCAUGCUGGAUGAGAUCCUGGAGGACGUCAGGAAGGCUGCAGACCGGCUGGAAGAGGUGAUAGAGGAGCAUGCUUUCGACAACAACAAACAGAUGAAAGGUGUAAAUGUAGAAGCAGUGUUGAGAGUGGAGGAUGAGGAGAAGAGUGGGAAGAGGAAGAAUAAGUCCCAGCAGAGGGAGGUGGAGGAUGAUUUGGGACUGAGCAUGCUUAUCGACUCACAGAACAACCAGUACGUUCUGACCAAACCUCGAGACUCCACCAUGCCUCGAGCCGACCAUCACUUCAUCAAGGACCUGGUAUCGGUGGUGAUGUUGUCCCUGCCUUGUGGCUGGAUUUGCUCUCUGGUUGGUCUUCCUCCCAUGUUUGGAUACAUCAUCUGUGGAGUGCUGCUCGGUCCUUCAUGUCUCAACAGCAUCAAGUCGAUGGUUCAGGUGGAGACUCUGGGCGAACUGGGCGUGUUCUUCACCCUCUUCGUGGUGGGAUUGGAGUUCUCACCUGAGCGUGUUCGAAAGGUAUGGAAGAUCUCUGUUCAGGGGUCGUGUUACUUGAGUCUGCUGAUGGUCGGAGCCGGUUUGUUGUGGGGACAAGUCCUGCAUAUUCGGUACACACAGACCGUCUUCGUUUCCACGUGUCUCUCUCUAUCCAGCACUCCGCUCGUGUCCCGCUUCCUUGCAGGUGGGAGCAGAGGAGACAAAGAAGGUGAUCUAGACUACAGCAGCGUUCUUCUCGGGAUGUUAGUGAUGCAAGAUGUUCAGCUCGGUCUCUUCAUCGCGAUCAUGCCAACUUUGAUCCAGGCCCAGAGCGGUGACUUGGACAGCCUCCUUUUUGGCAGUCUCCGCGUGUUGUAUCUGCUGGCUCAGGUCCUGGGCUCUCUGGCCGCCGUGCUGCUGCUCUGUCUGUUACUCAAAUCCUUCCUGAUUGGCCCGUACUACAAGAAGCUGCACGCUGAGAGCAAAGGGAACAAGGAGAUCCUGGUGCUGGGCAUGGCAGCGUUUGUCUUUUUCAUGCUGACGGUGACGGACUUCCUGGAUGUGUCGAUGGAGCUGGGCUGCUUCCUGGCUGGAGCUCUGCUGUCCACACAGGGUCACAUGGUCACUAAUGAGGUCAUGGGAUGCAUCGAGCCGAUCAGAGAUUUCCUCACCAUCAUCUUCUUUGCCUCAAUCGGUUUGCACGUCUUCCCGACGUUCGUGCUGUACGAGCUCACCAUCCUGCUGGUUCUGACGUUAACACUCGUCAUCAUGAAGUUUGGGAUGGCCGUCCUGGUGCUGUCGUUGAUCUUGCCUCCCAACUCUCGACACAUACGCUGGGUGGUCUCAGCCGGUCUGGCUCAGGUCAGCGAGUUCUCCUUUGUCCUGGGCAGCCGAGCACGUCGAGCUGGAAUCAUCUCCAGAGAGGUGUACCUGCUGGUCCUCAGUGUCACCACCCUCAGUUUGCUGCUGGCACCGGUUCUGUGGAGAGUUACCACACGCAGAUGGGUUCCCUGGGCUGAACGCAAACUGCUCACAUGACAAGAUCGGAGUGGCUUCAGGGUUACUCUGUCAACAAAGCCAGGGAAGGCAUCAUGAGACGCAGGAGUGCUGUUCAUUCAGAGGAGGCUCAUGUUAGUGCUCACAUCAAAUAUUAGAUGUUUAAAUCACUACAUAUAAAAGAGCCUGGAUCUCAACCGGUAUGUACUCACAAGCCCUGACCCCCUGUGCUGUAUUAGACGACGCAGACUGAAUUCCUCUUAUCGUUUAGCAAAAAUCGAUCCGUCUUAAAUGAACAAGUUUUGUGGAGAAGCACAAUAUCAUUCCAGUUCUGUUGAUCCUUGGUUUUUGUCCUUUUUAAUAAUCACUGAAACAAAAUCUGAAGGUUUACUGAGUAUUUUGUGUUAUCAUGUUUGAGGAAAUCGAGUCAAAGGUUUAGAUUUCUGUUAGAGGUUACAUUUUUUUUCUAAUUCCAAUUGCCUCAAUUUUAAAAAGCUGUCAUUCGCUGUGUCUAGAAGAUGGUACUUGAAGUGUAUUCUAAUAAUAGGAAACUGUGAAUUUAGCAGUGAUUACACUUAUGGUAAACCCCUAGUUCCUCUGAUAGAGACUAUAGAUGUCUUUAUUUAGCCGUCUUUAAGAACUCUCCAUUGAACGAUUGUUAAAGGUGCAGUGUGUAGAAAUGGGAAUGUUAGCGACUUCUAGCGUUCAGAUUCUAGAAUGAUCCCUCGCUUCCUAACCUUCUCAUCACCUAAGAGACCGUGGUGAUGAAGGACCAGAAGCUCUUCCAAAAAUGGAAAUUAGUUAUCCAACAAUAUGUCGUAUUACCAUCAGACAAAAGACUAAAAGAAGAUAUUAAAUGUUAUAAGCUGUUAGCUUAACCGCUCUCUCUUCUUCUCUUUUAACAGCAACUGCUCUCUCUUCUUCUCCUUCAACAACAACCGCUCUCUCUUCUUCUCUUUCAACAACAACUGCUCUCUCUUCUUCUCUUUCAAAAACAACCGCUCUCUUCUUCUCCUUAAAGCUUAAAUAGGAGUCUGUGGUUGAUGAUCAUACAGAGGAUUUUUCUCCGUUUGCUGUUGACACAGAUCCCACGGUUAUUGGGGUCAAAUUUGUCUCCGCUUUUGUGAAGUGGUGUUAUUAGUCCUUGGUUCCAAAUAUUGGGGAAGGUCCCGGAACUAAGGACAACGUUGAAGAGUUUUAGAAUAGCCAAUUGAAAUUUGAGGUCUGUAAACUUUCAUUUUGGAUUCCAUCAAUACCACAGGCCUUUUUAGAUCUUAGGGACUGGAUUUGGCCUGAAGUUCUUUGAGUGUGAUUGGAAAAUCCAAGGAGUUCUGAUAGUCUUUAAAAGUGGACUCUAGACUUUGUUGUUUCUCUUGUAUGUUACAAUGUUACAAUGUUACAAUGUCAUUUAGCAGACGCUUUUAUCCAAAGCGACGUACAACGAGAACAAGAACAACACAAGCAAAGAUCUAGACAAGAGGAAACAAGAUCAGGAAGAGUAACAGAGUGCUUCAAGUCCAUUUGGGUGCAGGUACUGCCAAGCAGUGUAAAGGCAAUGCACAAAAGUAAAUAAGGAUUUUUUUUUUUUUUUUUUUUGUAAAAUAAGGAACAUCUACAAUGAAGCAACCAAACCAUUUAAGACUUUCCGUUAUCAUCAUCAACAAUUAACAUCACCAAAAUAAUUACCAAAGUACCAAGUGCUGGGUCACUCCAGAGCUGAACACAGAUUCCCAGAGUAGAGAAGGAAAGUGCGAGUCAAUUGUAGCUGGGCGACAUGGUCUGCCUCUGGGGACAACAGUGGAGAACAGUCUAGCUAAGUGCAUAGUGCUUCCUAAAGAGCUGGGUCUUUAGCUGUCUUUUGAAAGUAGAGAGGGACUCUGCAGAUCGAAUGGAGUUGGCCAAUUCAUAUGUGUUUGUUCUUUGUUCUGCUCUGUUGGGCCAAAAAGAUUGGAGAAGUGGUUUAUCCAUAUGUCUCCAUUUGGAUCGGUAGGUCUUUGUGUUGUUGUUUGUUUAGAGUUUUCCAGUUCUAAUAUGUUGGUACCUUUUUCUCCUUGCCGUAUUCUUAUACUGUUUUAGUGUUUCACUGUAGUGGAGGCGUAUGUUCUGGUUGUCGAGCUCUCUAUGUUUUUGGUUUGAUAGAUUUCUCAAUUGUUUUCAGAUGUUUUGACAUUCAUUGUCAAACCAUUUGUCUUUGUUGUGUGUUUUAGGGGGGUUUCUAUUUGAGGCCUUGAGGUUAGAUAUGGAAGCUGUAAGGUAGAAUAUGUUGUUUAGGUGUUCUACUGCUCUGUUUACACCUUCACUGAUAGGACGAAAGUCAUCAUUCAGAAACUUGUCUAGCUGUAACUGGACUUGUUGUUGCCUAAUAGCCUUUUGGUAUGUUUCUGCACUGUCCUCCUUCCAUUUAUAGCGUUUCUUGAUAUUAUGUAGUUUGAUUGGUGUCUGUGCUUCCUGAUUGGUUGUUGCUCUGUUUAGGUAAAUUGUGGUUUUGCUGUGGUCUGAAAGGGGAGUUAGUGGGCUGACUGUGAACGCUUUGAGAGACUCCAGACUGAGGUCAGUGAUGAAGUAAUCUACUGUACUGUUGCCUAAAGAUGAGCUGUACGUGUACCUACUGUAUGAGUAGUACUUCUUCAACAACACCCGCUCUCUCUUCUCCUUCAACAACAACUGCUCUCUCUUCUUCUCUUUCAACAACAACCGCUCUCUCUUCUUCUCUUUCAACAACAACCGCUCUCUCUUCUUCUCUUUCAACAACAACCGCUCUCUCUUCUUCUCUUUCAACAACAACCGCUCUCUCUUCUUCUCUUUCAGCAACAACCGCUCUCUCUUCUUCUCUUUCAAAAACAACCGCUCUCUUCUUCUCCUUAAAGCUUCAAAAUAAAUGUAUGGUUUUAUAAAAGUGAAUAUUCACUUAUUUUAACACUUAUAAAUAUUUUAUCCCAUUUCCACCAAAUCUGUUCUGCUAAAUGCUGCUUACUUCUACACACUGCACCUUUAAAUGAACUCUGUUUUUACUUUAGUUCAAAGUAGGAAAUGGAGAAGUAACAUUACGUCACACAACGUUUCCUGUCAUUCCUGCACUAGAUACCAUUGAAUGUUAAACUGACGUGCCUGCUCUGCACUAAAACAAAGACUCUGAGAGGUGUGAGAGAACAUCUCGUCGUGUAAACUGUCUUAACGUUCAUCAUGUGCAAUGUAUAUGUAAACAUACGUAGCUACAUCAAUUUUAUAAUUGUGUUUCCUGAGGUUUGUUAACACUGAGGGAUGUUCUUAAGUUUCUGUCUGGAUGAGUUUACAUAUCCUCUGUUGGUGCCCAUGACUGAGGCUUCAAGGCACAAUGUGUUCAUCAAAAUGUCCAUGUGUUUAAAAAAUGUGUAAUUAUUUUGGUUAUUUAUUAAAAAAUACACUGACGAAGAAAA